UAGUCCCCUGCCAAAAUGUAUUUCUCUGCUGGUGAUACAUGUCCUAUCAGGUCUUCAGCUGCAAAUGCUCACAGCGUUCAUCCCCGGCCCUUUGUGCAUCUCUCCCCAGGUGUCCUGGUUGGUGUGGUCCUGCGUUACGGCAUCCAUGUCCCUAGCGAUGUCAACAAUGUGACUCUGAGCUGCCAGGUGCAGACCAGCCCUGCCACACUGCUGGUAAACGUCAGUGGGAAGUUCUAUGAGUAUACUCUGAAGGGAGAAAUCAGCGCCCACGAGCUCAACAAUGUCCAGGACAAUGAGAUGCUGAGGAAGGUGACUUUUGAUCCUGAGGUGUUUUUCAACAUUUUGCUUCCUCCAAUUAUAUUUUAUGCAGGCUACAGCUUAAAAAGGAGGCACUUCUUCAGGAACUUGGGAUCGAUUCUGGCGUACGCUUUUCUUGGCACUGCGAUUUCCUGCCUGGUGAUUGGCUCGGUCCUGUAUGGCUGUGUCGCGCUGAUGAAGGUCACCGGGCAGCUCGGGGGAGACUUCUACUUCACCGACUGCCUCCUCUUCGGGGCCAUUGUAUCAGCUACUGACCCAGUGACUGUUCUUGCCAUAUUCCAUGAACUCCAGGUUGAUGUUGAGCUGUAUGCCCUUCUCUUUGGCGAAAGCGUCCUCAAUGAUGCCGUUGCCAUAGUGCUGUCUUCUUCCAUUGUUGCAUACCAGCCGGCGGGUGACAACAGCCACACGUUUGAUGUCACGGCAAUGUUCAAGUCCAUUGGGAUCUUCCUGGGGAUAUUCAGUGGAUCCUUUGCAAUGGGAGCAGCUACUGGAGUUGUGACAGCUUUAGUCACCAAGUUCACCAAGCUGCGGGAGUUCCCACUGCUGGAGACUGGCCUGUUCUUCUUGAUGUCCUGGAGCACCUUCCUGCUGGCCGAGGCGUGUGGCUUUACAGGUGUGGUGGCUGUACUCUUCUGUGGGAUCACGCAAGCCCAUUACACCUAUAACAACUUAUCUACAGAGUCCCAGCACAGAACUAAGCAGUUGUUCGAACUUCUGAAUUUCUUGGCAGAAAACUUCAUCUUCUCCUACAUGGGACUUGCACUGUUCACUUUCCAGAACCACAUCUUUAACCCUACCUUCGUGGUGGGGGCUUUUCUUGCUAUCUUCCUAGGAAGAGCUGCCAAUAUUUACCCACUGUCAUUUUUACUGAAUCUGGGGAGGAGAAAUAAGAUUGGAACAAAUCUGCAGCAUAUGAUGAUGUUUGCUGGGCUGCGAGGAGCCAUGGCAUUUGCCCUUGCCAUCCGUGACACAGCCACCUAUGCCAGGCAGAUGAUGUUCAGCACCACGCUGCUCAUCGUUUUCUUCACCGUGUGGGUUUUUGGUGGGGGCACCACAGCCAUGCUGUCCUGCCUGAAUGUCCGGGUCGGUGUGGACGCGGACCAGGAGAACGUGGGCGUCCCAGAGAGUGAGAGGAGGAGCACGAAGGCAGAAAGCGCCUGGCUGUUCCGCAUGUGGUACAACUUUGAUCACAACUACUUGAAGCCUCUGCUGACACACAGCGGCCCUCCCCUCACCACCACACUGCCGGGCUGCUGUGGGCCCAUAGCCCGCUGCCUGACGAGCCCUCAGGCCUACGAGAACCAGGAGCAGCUGAAGGACGAUGACUCCGACCUCAUUUUGAACGAUGGGGACAUCAGCCUGACGUAUGGGGAUUCCACCGUCAACACCGACUCGGUCACGUCCAGCAAUGUGCCACGGCGCUUCGUGGGGAACAGCUCUGAGGAUGCUCUUGAUCGGGAGCUGGCUUUUGGGGACCAUGAACUUGUGAUCCGGGGAACACGCCUGGUCCUUCCCAUGGACGAUUCGGAGCCGCCGUCAAGCAUCCUGGAUAGCGCGAGGCACGGCCCAGCGUAAGGCUGCUUGGUUUAAUUGACAGUAAUAUUUGCAUAUAUGAUCAAGAAAUGUGUACUACCUAAAGUCUAAUGCAUGUCUCAAAAUGUUUAAGCUGUAUAAAUAUUAUUUAUAUGGUGUCAGAAGAAUAUAAAUAUUCUCUGCCAAGCACUUGUAAAGAACAAGCUGCAAUUUUAAGUUAAAAACUGUGUUGACUGCACUGUGUAGGGUGGAACCGUUUUAGCGUUAAGAGUCUGUUGCACACAGUGAGCUUCUGUAAUGUGUGAUUUGAUGAAGGGUUUUGUUCCCAGCUAGGUAAGUAAAGGAGCUGACUCCCCGCCCCUCCUCUGAAGGCGGGAGGUGCUGGCUGGCAACAGGAGUUGCUUUCUGCUCAGAUGAGGGUUAGUUUUUGCCUCUGAUCUUUGGAUAGUUGUGCUUGAUAUGUCAGCAGAACACCAGACUGCAGGCUCUCAUUGGCCGUCUGGGAACCUGAGCAGGGAGCUGGAGAUUUUCUGCUUUUAGUGACCCGGCAGCUCUGCCCAGGGCUGAUGGCAGACUCCCCCAGACUAACAGCCUGAUGGAGGGGUGAGUUGUGCUGGAGAAUGAGCUGGUCCCGCAGAAGCUACACGGGGUGUGCACAGGUUAUAGGGCCGACUCUGUCUUUCAGCAGCUUUCUAGAAGCAGCCAACAAACCCUGAAUUGGCGACCAGAUUUCACAUUUGGGAAGCGACUGUGUCUUUGUGCAAGCAAAUCUCUGCUGAAACCGUGGGUGUGCUGGACCAGAGUGUGGCCAGUCCUGAUGGUUGCAGGUUGCCACAGUGCCUCCAUGCUUCCCCAGGGGCACUCAGCACCUGAGUGGUACUGAAGGGAGUUGUCCAUCCGUCCGUCCUCCUGUAUGGUCGAAAUCAUUGCACUUUGUUUAAUAACUUCUUAGCAUUAGCAUGCUGUGUGUCUGUAAUCCCCACCUGAUCUCUCUCACGUCUUUUACCAUUUAAUGAGCAAUGUUUGCCAGUUGAUUUUCUUCUUAUUAUUAUUUUAUUUUUUUUUCCCAAGGAAGAGUGCAGAACAAUUUGUGAUUUCACACUAGUGUUACAGGAUUUGAGCUGUAGUUACAGGAAAGGCUAUAAAGGUGCAGUGAAAUUAUUAACCCUGACAUCCUUCUUUUCCUUCUUCAAUGGAGGAAAGCACCGAAAUUCAAUGUUUUAUUGUCUGCUUUAGCUGCAGUUUUGCUAUACAAACCUUUCAGGGUUAUCAGUGCACUGUAGCCUGUUCUGGAGUUAGCCCGCUCCAGAGGUCUCAGACAGAGGUGUUUUUUAGAGAGUAUUUGAUGGAGCCAGGGGAGGGUGUGCCCUCCCAGCUGCUUUCCUUGGAAUGAACUCUGCAUCUCAUAGGAUCCAACCCUGAGACCUUGGAGCAAUUUCCCUAUGGCUGUUUUCCCCAGUGGCACCUGAGAGUUGGAGGAGACAGGAGACACUGAAAUUCUGAGUGUAUAUUUAUGGGUGAGCAAAUAAAUUCAAAUAUAUAUUUUUUUCAUUUUCUCAGGUCUAAGUAACAUUGCCUUAAAUUUAUGGAUGCGAAACCAAUUAUUUUGGCAGUUUAUCUCCAAGAAAAUGCUUUCUUUUUCCUUCUGAACAAGAUGUGUAUGUGUUGCCAUAGGACUCCUCUAGAAGGGGGGUGUGCUCUGUUUCUAUUUAGGUAGGGAAUCUUCCUUGCACCAGUAAGUGGCAGUCCUGCUGUUAACGUAGCUGUUGGAUUAGCGCUAGGCUCUUUGUUUCCUGCUAUGCAGGAAUUCCAUAAAGUGUGCAUUUUAUAUGGCAUCUGUAACUUAACUCCAUGUGUUUGGAAAAAUAAAUGAUUAAAAUAAAAUAAAAUAAAAGUAGGUACGUGUUGACUUUAGGUUUACUACAUCACUCCUCCAUCCUUUUUGUUCGUUUUGCCUUUUUGAAGAGGUAUGAUAAAUAACCACCUCUUGCUUUUUCCUGUGUGGUCAGACUAUGAAUUCAACCGACGAUGCAGGCGCUGGGCUCUGUGCAGCAGAGGCAUGUGGGUGCUGCAGGGCUCCCUCCUGUGAUCCUGGCUGAGGUGCAGAGCAGCAGCCCAUGCCACAGCCUUGGUGGCAUCCUUCUGUUCCUCUCACUCUCCCACUUGAAUCAUUUAUCCACUUUCUUCAAACUUGCCAACAGAUUACUGUAAGCCUCAGCUUUUGAUGGCAGUCACGGCUCAACUAGUACAUUUAAAAAAUAAAAAUAAUUAAAAAAACAAAUGAUGAUUUUAUGGGGUACCUAUGAACUGCUAUUAUCCAUACAUCUUAUAACCAGGACUACUUCAGCAAAAUUUUUUGAAAGAAUGAAUGUACGCUGUAGUUUAGGGGUGAUGCAGUAAAUGACUCAUCUGAUCCUCGGCUGAUUCCCUUCUCUGUUCUGCAGCAUGGAGCUCAUGAGUGCUGGGUUGGGACGUGGAGCUGUAUGCUCUGUGUGCUGCAGGGGCUGGGAAGAGGUAUCCUGAGCCCCAAGGCCCUUUGCCAAAUAGGACAACUCCGAGGAGGAAGUUUACAUCUCACACAAAAAUUUAGGGGAGGUGACUUAUUUCUAUGAAUUGAAUUGUCAUGGUUUUUGCACAGGAAAAAGCACUGUAGGUAAAGUUAUGGUUUGUACUAGUACUGUCAAUUUGUGUGGUAAUGGCAUUAACCCUGUAGCUGUGGUGUUUGUGCAGCUGAUCUGUGAUAGCUGAUGAUCACUAUUGGACCUUCUGUUUACACUGACUAAAUCCUUUACUGUUGCGUUGUACUGUGAAAGAAGGAUUCUGGGCCUAUAAAAUAUCUUUUUUUUUCUGGAA